CAUUUAUUUUUCGGGCACUGAAUUAGUUUCAUAGUUUAGGUGCUGCGAAUAACACCAUCGAAGGAGGCCAACCCCAAGAAAUCCAUUACCAAUCGGGACAUUUUGCUGCUUUCUUUGAAAAUAAGUUUCAAAGUUAAAGUGCAGCGAUACAACACCGCAAAGGAAGAAUCCAAAAUAUUGCAAACUACACCUAAAAAAUGAUGAACUAUAUAGGCACAUUUUUGGAUUUCGUAGACGGAUAUCGAUUAGAUAAACGUGUUACUACACACCCCGUUUUGUCAAGUCCUUGGUGUUUGAUUAUUGGUGUUACCCUAUACCUUUUGGUGGUGAAAAGAUGGGGACCUCGUUUCAUGGCCAAUCGUAAGCCAUACAAUGUUGAGGGCAUCAUGAUGGCGUUUAAUGUGAUGCAAAUAAUUUUGAAUUUGUACAUUUUCGUUGCAUCGCUGCGACACACCUAUUGGAGAUCUGAUUUUAGUCUAACUUGUGAAGCUUACAACCCUGAUGAUAUGAGGCCGGAAACAUUGAAUUUUUCUACUCCUGCCUUGUGGUAUCUGAUAUCAAAAUACUUUGAUUUUCUAGACACGAUUUUCUUUAUAUUGCGUAAGAAAUUCAAUCAAAUCAGUUUCUUGCAUGUGUUUCAUCAUACAUCAGUGGCGAUUUUGGUACACAUAUACACUGCGAAUUAUUUUGCUUCCCAUUUAACCUCGACCGGAAUAAUUAAUUCCUUUGUGCACCUUGUCAUGUACUCCUAUUAUCAGUUGGCAGCAAUGAAGUUGAAUAUCAAUUUACAACCCUGGAAGCGUUUAAUGACUCAAUUGCAAAUGUUUCAGUUCUUAUUGCUCGCCAUUCAUUUUAGUUUGCCUCUGAUAAAUAAUUGGUGUAAAAUAGAAACUGGUUUCAUUGCACUCUGCUGUGUGGAAAAUGUUUGCGUAACAGCUCUCUUUGCAAAUUUCUACUAUAAAACCUAUAUUCGAAAGGAUCGAAAGAAGGCGUCAAAUAACGGGACAACAUCAUUAAAGGCGCAAUGAUACACAUGGUCUGAGUAUAAAUUAUGUAGUGAAAUUAAUUUAAAAUAAAAUUAUAUCUUUUUAUGUUUGAA